CUGCUCUCAAAUAUCCUAGGUGCCAUAGCUACAUUAGUCUUCUGAUGCCGGUCAAAUGGGAACCGGAAGUAUACCAAUAAUUUUUGUGCCUACCCCUUUUUCUCCGCUGGGGCUUUCAUGAUCUGCUUUACGGCAUCUUGUUGCGCCUCUUAUCUUCCCGUCGACCAAUGGGAAGAAAACUUCCGCAGGAAGCAACCGUAAAACAGUGAAAAGAGAGGAAGGACAGUAUUCUUAAGCCAUUUCGAUAGGAAGAGAGCACGUGUGGUUGUAGGGGUUAAGCCUCACCAACACUGUAACUGAGGGCUUUGCUGGAAGCCUUUUCCCCCAACCCUUCACUGAUCUAUUGAAACUCAGCACUAAUCUAAUGGAAGCCAAAAGUAAAAGGAAAUUUGUAGGCAAAGGUGGAAAAACAGGCCCUGGGAAAAAGAAGUUUAAAAAGAAUAACGAUGCUGGUCUUCCAACAAGAUUAAUCAGAAAAAAUGGUGAAGAUGCCAAGCCUAAAUUUAAACCUAAGAAAUUUGAGAGAGGAAACAAAAAGCCUGGUAAAACUGGAGUGAAACAAUUUAAGAGUAAACAACUUUCAGAGAAGUUACCCAGGAAGCGCAAACUCCAAAAUGAUAAAGACGGAGAGUUGGAGCCUAAGAAGCCAAAGUGGGAUAACAUCAAGAAGAAAAAGAAGGAACUGAAGCAGACCCGACAGCUAAAUGACAAAGCCAACUACAAUGUGGUGCUUAAGGGGAAGCAGAUUUGGGAAACACUAAGGCGGAAAAAAUGUGACAAGGAAAAGCGGGAGAAGCUGUUGAGUGACCUUCAGGAGCUGCUUCAUGGGAAAAUAAAAAAUAUGGCAUUUGCUCAUGAUUCAACACGUGUCAUCCAGUGUUACAUUCAGUUUGGCAAUGAAAAGCAAAGGCAAGAAGUAUUUGAAGAAUUAAAAGACAGCUUCACUGAACUAAGCAAAUCCAAGUAUUCCAGAAAUAUUGUGAAGAAACUUCUUGCAUAUGGAACAAAGCCACAAAUUGCAGAAAUAAUCAAAAGCUUUAAAGGUGAGGUGAGGAAGAUGCUGCGCCAUGCUGAAGCGUCUGCGGUGGUAGAGUACGCAUACAAUGACAAAGCCAUUUUGGAACAAAGGAACAUGUUGACAGAGGAGCUUUAUGGGAAUGCAUUCCAAGUCUACAAGUCAUCUGAUCACCCAACUCUGAACGAAGUGUUAAAGGCUCAGCCUGGAAAGCGGGAGGCCAUUUUGGAUGAAAUGAAACAGAUCCUUACUCCAAUGGCUCAAAAAGAGGCUGUAAUAAAGCAUUCAUUGGUACAUAAAGUCUUUUUGGACUUCUUUACCCACGCCAUCCCUAAACAGAGAUCUGAAAUGAUCGAAGCUAUCAGAGAAUCUGUAAUCUACUUGGCGCACACGCAUGAUGGAGCCAGAGUAGCCAUGCAUUGCCUCUGGCAUGGGACCCCUAAGGACAGAAAAGUCAUUGUGAAAACCAUGAAGACUUAUGUUGAAAAAAUAGCUAAUGGCGAAUUCUCACAUUUGGUUUUGCUGGCAGCAUUUGACUGUAUUGAUGAUACCAAGCUUGUGAAACAGCUAAUUAUAUCUGAAAUGAGCGAUUCCUUAACCAGCAUUGUAAAUAACAAAUAUGGAAGGAAAGCCCUGCUGUAUCUGUUACGUCCAAGGGAUACUACGUAUUUCUCACCAGCAAUAAUCAAAAUUCUGCAGCAGGGUGAUGGAAAUGCUUAUAGUAAAAAAGAUGUAGAUGUUCGCUGUCAUGAACUUCUGGAAGCUGUUUCUCCUGCCUUGUUAAAGUACCUGAACCUACAUGUUGAAGAAAUGGUGAUGGACAAAGCUACAUUCAUUGUAGUCACUGGCAUCCUCAAGGCUGCUGUUGGUGAUGUCCAGCCUGCUAUGAACACCGUCGCUAGUCUAGCUGCAAGAGAGAUGGCUCCAGGGGGCAAAGACGGGCAGCUUCAUAUUGCAGAGCAUCCUGCAGGUCAUCUAGUUCUGAAGUGGCUAAUUGAACAAGAUGAAAAAAUGAAGGAGAGUGGCAGAGAAGCAUGUUUUGCAAGAACAUUGGUAGAACAUGUGGGCAUUGAUCUUCUGAAGACCUGGGCAAAUGUAAAUCGUGGUGCAAUUAUUCUUUGUCGCCUUCUUCAGAGUUCUGAUCAAGAUGUCGUGACUCAAGUCAAAGAUGGACUAAAAAGUCUUAUUCCAAAACUUAAAAAAAGGACUAAAGAUAACACAACAGCAACAAAAGUGUUGCUGGAGAAACUGUCAUCUUAACUUACGGAAGUUAUUAAAUGGACAAGUUUUCUAUCUAUGGAAGCAAAUUCUUCCUUUUACUACAUCUAGAGGAAAGGUUUGGGAGAAAGAUUGUUGUUUAAAACAAGACACACACCAUGUCAAUAAACACUUAAACUUUUUUAGAA